AUGGCUGCAGUUCUAGAUGAAAGCAUGGAUGAUCUGGAUGGAGAUGACAGAGAUGAUGUUUCUGAGAAUAAAAGGAAAUCUCGGAACAUGAGUGAGAAGAAGAGAAGGGAUCAGUUCAAUAUUCUGAUCCAUGAGCUGUCAUUUAUGGUGUCUUCCAAUCGAAAGUUGGAUAAAUCCAGUGUCUUGAAGGCUGCUAUUACCUUCCUCAGAGAUCAUAACACUCUUUCAGAGAGGUCUCAGUCAUUUGAGAUUGAUUCUGAUUGGAAGCCUGCCUUUCUUUCCAAUGAGGAAUUCACUCAUUUAAUUUUGGAGGCCCUUGAUGGAUUCCUCAUUGCCAUCUCCCAGUUGGGCGAGAUCCUUCAUGUUUCUGAAAGCAUUUCAACCUUCCUUGGGCAUGUGCCUGCUGAUCUAGUCCAUACGUCCUUCUUUGACUUGAUACCGUCCACUGAAUGCCCUUCAGUCCGUCAGAUUCUCAGUCAAGUGGAUGGGGAUUCUUGCAGUCCAUUCCUCCUUGGAGACUCUGUGCCUCGUAAGGAACAUUGA